AUGGACGGGGAGCAGUACGAGUUUCCGUUCCUACAGGAAGUUUAUACCCCACGCGAUGCUGCUAAAGUCGACUUUGUGUUUGUUCAUGGUCUGAAUCCUCGCGGUCGAAAUGACCAUCCUUUCGAGACAUGGACGCAUGCGAACGGCAAGUUCUGGCCGACGGAUUUCUUGGCCGAGGACAUGCCGUUCGCUCGCGUGUUUGUUUAUGGGUAUAAUUCAAAUAUCACCAACGCUCAGACUAUGUCGACGGCCAGUAUCAAAGACCAUGCGAACACACUUUUGAAUCUUUUGGAUAUGGAGCGGGAACCGUCGAUGCACGCAUUGCCACCGAAAAUUAUUUUUAUCGGACACAGUCUCGGUGGGUUGGUAAUAAAGCAGGCACUUCUCAAUGCAAAGGAAGACCCCAAGUACAACUCUAUCCGCACGGCUACAUCUGGACUCGUCUUCUUUGGAACCCCACACCGAGGUGCAAAAGCUGUUGAGCUGGGAAAGAUCGCGGCAAGGGUUGCGCGUUUCAUUUCAAAAGGUCAAGCUAGCAAUGACUUACUUGACUGUUUGGAACAUAACUCCCUCUUCACGCGACAAAUGUCCGACCGAUUUCGACACCAACUGGAGGACUAUCGCGUUGUCAGUUUCAUCGAAGGGAAGGAAGUCCAAAUCGCAGGUGUGGGCCCGGCAUCUCUAAGCCAUUUGGUUGUGGAUGAAGAGUCCGCCGUUCUUGGUCUUUCUGGAUUGCGCGAAACCCAACUAAAACUCGACGCGGACCAUUCGCAGAUGUGUAAAGUGGCAGCCCGGGGCCCGAUGUACAAGCUCAUCAAGGGAAACAUCAAGCAAUUGGUCGACCAGGCCAUGCUGGCGGAUCAAGGGUUCAUUCCUCAACCUCAAGCAACACCCCAUCCCACAGCAGGUCGGUCUCCGCCUCCAGUACCACCUCGCAUGCAUUCCAACAGCAGCACGCCAUAUGCUCCCCCUGGACGGCCUAGUGAGCCUGCUCAGAGAAUAGCGGGGACAAUCUUUGUCGCAACGGAUAGGGAUCCCCGGUCGAUCAGAUCUGCCGAGUUGAAAAAUGCUGCGAAAUGGGAAGAAGCUCGGAAGAUCGACUAUGAGAUCUUCCAAGAACAUCUCAGAACGCUCGGUGCAGACCAUGUCAGCACCUUGACCGUCGGCUAUCAGUUAGCGGAAGUGGAGUUCGAAGGCAUCUUCUUCCCCAAAGCAAUGGAAUGGGGCCAGUGGGUAUCUGAGAAUGCGCAGAGGGUACUUGGAACACGACAUGCAUUGUCCAUGAAGACAGAGAGUCUGAUGGCCGAAAUCAUCUGCGCCAAGGGCAGAUAUCAAGAGGCUGAGUCGAUGUGCGCAAAUGUGCUAGCCCGGCAGCAGAUGACAAUUGGCGAAGAUCACUUCGACACCAUACAAACCCGUCGCCGAUUGGGCUUGGCAUAUAAUGGAUUGAAGCGACGAGAAAACGCUCUCAUGACAGCAGAAAAAAUCGCCGAAACCUACAAACGUCUGCUAGGCGAGAAUCACAUCAAAGUAUUCGCUGCAAUCCUGGACACGCUCGAAUGGGUUCUCUUCAAUCACUCAGAAACCACCUACGUCACGAUCCAUCUGCAACCCGACGUCCGACAAGCAGUAGAUAUGCUCCCAAACGUCCACGAGGAGCUCAAGGCCGCCCUCGGACAGUCUCACCCGCUCACCGUCCGAGCCCUGUCUCUAGUGGGCCGGGGAUUGACGCGCGCACAACAAACCGUCGAAGCAUCUGAGACCCUCCGACGAGCCCUCGCGCUCUCCGAGGAAGCCUUUGGCCCUGACCACCCACUGACAAUGGAGAUCGUCAGUAACAUUGGAUUAAUGUACAUGUUCCAGGGUCCGCAGUAUAUGAUUGGCGCGAACACGAAGACCGAGGGACUUCCCUGGUUGACUCGCUACCUAAAUUGGCUGGAGCGGCGCAGCGGCAUAGAUAACCCAGAAACUCAAACCGUCUUAGAGAUGCUUGGCAAUCUCCACAUGCAGGCAGGGGAGUACGCGCCCGCUCAGAAAUACUAUGAGCGGUGUUUGGCUGCUUAUGGGGGGACAAAUCCGACUGUGACGCAGCGCAUCAGUACCAAUUUGCAGCUAUGCCGGGCAAAUACCAUGUUUACCAAUCGUGGUUCGGGCGGUAUCGGGGGAUUCUUGUCCUCUCUGCAGCGAUACUAG